GCACGAAACGGGCAUUGCAGCGUGGCGACCGGCCUGGCUGUGCCCUGGUUGCGCUCGGGAUGUCCAGCUGGAUGACAUCCAUGUCCCGGCAAAUGCCGGACAGACUUGCGGAGGUUGCGGCAGUCGGCUGUGGUGGGAAUACGACCGUGCCAUCGAACGUGGGCGACUUCGCUGCUCUCACGGUUGCAACCGGCCAGCAGAGGAGCUGCGGGCGCCCGAGCCCGUCAGGCCAGCGCCGGCGGCGCUUCCACACGUGUUUGGGCGCGGAGGUGGCAGUGCGUUCUGGCCGUCGCGCGGCCCACCUACAGGCGAUGUGCGGGUAAGCACCAACUCCUGGCUGUACGUUCCGCUUCUCCAUGCAGCUGCAGCGGAUCUCGCGGUCGCUGCGCUUGCGGAAUGGCGAGCAGACCCGCGUGCUGCCAGCUGGUGGGAAGAAGCCCGUCACGUGCUCAUGGCGUCCGAGCCCGUCAGCCCGCAAACCCUGGUGACAGCUGUAGUCCGUGCUGUGGAGGCCGCGCCAACACACGAGCAUCACCUGCCGGACCUCGUCUCACGCAUCCAGGAUGCGGGGCUCCACGUCGGAUGGGCGGUCCGCCAGCUCCGGGAGCCGGAUGCGUACUUGCUCGCGCCCGUGCAGGAGGCCUUGCUCGAGUGCUACGGAGGCAUGCAGCUGGCGUCGGCGCUUGGCCGGCACUCCGAUCGCUUCCGCUGCUUCCCCUCAUGGAGAAGCCGCCGAGACAUCCGCGCGCGGCGGGCGGGGACGCCGCCGUGGGCGGGGCCGUGGCGUUCCGCCGGCUUCUGGGGCGCGUCAGCGUGCCGGAUCGACAGCCGGUUUCCCUUCCCAACUUCCCUCGCGCUGCUUGGCAGUGGCUUGACGGCCUUGAUCUCCUCCUCGCCGAGCUCCGAGGAGGUCGCGCUCUCCAAGCAACAAGUCGCCGACGCGCUUCGCACCUCCAAGCGCGGGUCGGCUGUUGGCCUGUCGGGCGCCACUGUCGAGUUCUACAAGUUGCUCCUCGACGAUGAAGGUGCCUUAGAGGCCUUCACAUUCGUGGUGAAUGUCGCAGCUCGCGCGCAGGCUCCUCCGGUUGCGUUGGACGCCCUGGCCUUGUCGCGCCUCACCGCCCUUCGCAAGCCACAGGGAGGGGUCAGAGUUUUGCGCCAACGCUUCCCCGACGUCGCCCAGCAACUCGUGCGCGCGCUCGAAGGCGAUGCAGUCGCCGCACCGCCCUGCGUGCGGGCAGCGGCGGCUACGGAGCGCUUAGACGCGGCUGGUUGGGAUGAGCGGCCUCACUGGGCAGCAUGUGCCGACGGGGCCCAGGUUGCAGAGCUUCCAACUAGUUUCGGCGGGCUAGGCCGACGGUUUUGCCGGUCAUCCAGGCCCGACGGCCAACUCCUACGCGUGCUGCUGCCGACCAUGGAACCAGCUGCCCAAGCUCUCCUCCGGUCACAAGCGGAGCCAUACCCUCAGACGACAGCCACUCCCUCCUGCCAGAGGCAGAUCGCGUUACGCCGACGCUUCCGGCUGGCUCUGCUGUUGGCGGCUGGGCCCCGCGAAAUCGGCGAGCUCAAGGACAAGAUCAGCGAGGGGGACCCCGUCCGGCGAGCUCGGCAGCGCCGGCAUCGUCCAGACACCCAGGGCCGUGCUGGCAACUGCCCUCUGCACGGCGACCGAGAGCAGGCCCCACCAUCGCCUUGCCCACCCCUGGGCCGCCGUGGCACGCAGGGUUGCAGGGGCCCUCUGAACGCGGAGACGCAGGAGCUGGCGAACGAAGCGCUGGCACUCCUCGCCCCACCUGUGUGUGACCUGAAGUGCGCGACUGAUCGCGACUGUGUUGGUUAA